UCAUGGCAUUAAAAGAGGAUCUAAUAGAAGCUCUUACUGAAUCGUUACGAGAAACCGAAAAUUUUGGGAAACUGAAAGCUGCCUUGAAGGUCGAACUUCUAAAUAUACUGAGCAAAUCAGAACAACCUGCAAAAAGACCAGACUAUCCCAGAGAAAUACAUUUUCUGAACAAGUUGGUGACCGAAUACUUGUUAUGGGUUGGUUACAAAAGCACCGCAUCAAUUUUGAAAACAGAAUCUGGAACAGAUGAUCACCCAGUUAGGAGGAGUGACUUGCUGAAGGAGCUCAAUUUGAAAGACGAUGGACAGAGUGAUGCCAUGCCUAUCCUUCUGAAUUUGGUAUCAACAUUUCAGAAAAUAUCGGAAUCUUCAUUGUGAAUAUUCAAGUAAUAAAGAAGUCGAAUCACAUCGAAAUACUAUUGGAAACCAAAGAAUUUAUUAUAAAAUUAUCAAAAAUAUUUGUGACAGUGAGAAUUUGUAAUAAAAUAAAUGAAAAUGAAAUUCAUGAUAUUUUAGUGUGAAUUUGUAAUAGAAUUAAUAAAAUUGAAAUUCAUGAUUUUAUGUUGACAUUGUAUAAAAUGUAUGGGACAUAAUAAAACUCAAGUAAUUAAAUAU